UAAAGAAAGUAAUAGUUCUUAUUGAAAGAGAAACACGCAUGCGUUCAGGUGCGAACGUGCAGCGAUUUGAGCUUUUGAAGUGUCUGUUUUUAUUUCUUUUUUGCCAUAUUUGGAUGCACGUGCGUGCAGCAGAUUCUGGAAGAUGAGGUCCAAGUCGAAAGCUCGAAAAUUCACCCAAGAUGGUAGUGAUGAAGAGUACGAGACAGCUGAGGAUGUGCACGAUGAAAUAAAUCCAGCAGCAUCCACUUCCGGGGAAGUAAAGUCUGAACAUCCUCCGGUCUACAUCCCGGAAGAUAUUCCAAUUCCGGACCGGUUUGAGUUGCGAGAGUCUCGUGCGUUUCCAGGACUGGGAGUCUGGACUAAGCAACUCGUACAGAAAGGAGAAAAGUUCGGACCGUUCUCAGGAGUAUUGUCAUUUACGUCCAACAACUCAGCAACCUCAUGGAAGAUUUUGAAUGAAAACGGAGAAAUAAAAGGGUGGAUUGAUGCUAGUGAAACAGGAAGCGGAAAUUGGAUGAAAUAUAUACGAAACUGUUCACGCUCGGAAAACCAAAAUCUGAUGGCCAUACAAAUUGAAGAAGAAAUUUACUACAAAUCAAUGAGAGAUAUACUACCAGGCGACGAAAUGCUCAUCUACCCCGCCGAUCCGGUCUGUCGAAUGGACGCCCCGGACUUCUCCAAACUAGAUGACCAAGGUGAGACAAAUUACCCUUGUGAUUGCGGAGAGGUGUUUCGGUCUAAAAUUGCGCUAGCACGCCAUCAGACGUACGCUUGUACCCAUAGCAACAACGUCCAGAAUACUCCACAGAAAAUGUCCAUGGACAGGAACUCCGAGGAUGAGAGCUUGGACUAUAAGAGCGUUGGUAAUGGUGACACUGACCUGUCCUCGGAGGUCCCUGAGCUCGGAGACCACGGAGAGUUCAAAUGUGACAAAUGUCCAAGGUCGUUCCAAUGGAAAUCCAACUUAAUUCGUCAUCAGAUCACUCACGACUCACUCAAAAAAUUCAGCUGUGAGAAUUGCGACAAGAUCUUCACCGAUCCAAGCAACCUUCAGCGCCAUAUAAGAUCCCAACACGUAGGAGCCAGGAGCCACGCCUGUGGAGAAUGCGGAAAGACCUUUGCGACAUCUAGCGGCCUGAAGCAGCAUCAGCACAUCCACAGCAGUGUCAAACCAUUCCAAUGUGAAGUCUGUCUCAAAGCCUACACCCAGUUCUCCAAUCUCUGUCGCCACAAGAGAAUGCACGCCGACUGUCGUCAACAGAUUAAAUGUAAGGACUGCGGCCAGGCCUUUUCUACAGUUACCUCUCUGAGCAAACACAAACGCUUCUGUGAAGGCGCUCUUCGAAAUGGAAUUCAUCUAGGAUUUCCAUCUGACAAAAUCAGCCAGUUAAGCUUGCCAAGCGCCGUCACCCCCUCCCACUUGAAUCCAGCCCUGUACAUGGGGAUGUAUCGGCCUCCCUAUCCAUUCUAUCCUCCACUUGGAGCUUCGUUUCCAGUUUUCCCUGGUGGUCACCCAUUUCCUGGUUUGACAUCCCCGAUUUCACCAUCAAAUCCCGGAAAAAUGUCUCUACAACCGACCUCACCUUUGGGGAAAGCUUCCAUUCCCUCUCACUUGUCACCACGUGACCGACUAUUUGAGCGACACGCCGAGGAAUCCGGACGUAAUUCCGUCAACUCAAAUUCUAACGACUCACCACUGAGUUCCGGAAGUGAUUCGGACCACAGUUCUGCUUCCGAUGCAGAAAGUGAAAGCAGCUCUUCAAAACGUCCAAGGACCAAGUCUCCUUCCCGGGGAUCACCACAUCAACCUUGGUUACCCUUUAGUCAGUCCGUAAAAACCGAGCGAAUCUCACCAAAGCCCAAAGACCUACCUUCACCGAGUCACGAGAAAGAAGAGAAAAACCAAGAUAUUCCAUUCGAUCUUUCCAAAGCAACAAAAUCACGAUCUCCAUCUCCUGCACAUUCAAGGACCACUGCCUCACCCAAACCGUCAUCUGGGGAACAGCCGCUUGACCUUACUCGUAAGGCCCCGAAAGAAAUCACGCCCCCUGAAAAUACGAGGAAAACUCACAUAUUUGGUUUGCCCUGCUCUGGCCCCGAUGCCAAACUUCAUUAUGCCUAUCCCCAGUUUGGAACCCCAAGCCUUAUUAUGGAUCAUCUGCGUUUAGGGAAAGAAAAAUUCCAACAAUCUCUUCACGAAGUCUCCAAAUUCAUGCCAUUUUCACGAUUUCCAAUGAGCAGUUCUUCAUAUGUUGCUGCCGCCAUGGGACAAUUCGGGGCCAUCAAACACGAAAGCGAAGAGAAGGGGAUAAGCGCCAUGAUGGAUAAACUACCAGACUCUUUCCCGUAUACUUCUUCUGGGAACAAAAUAAAGGAAAGAUAUGGAUGUAAAUUUUGUGGGAAAGUUUUUCCCCGCUCUGCUAAUUUGACACGUCAUCUUAGAACUCAUACAGGGGAACAGCCUUAUAAAUGCAAAUACUGCGAGAGAUCUUUUAGCAUUUCUUCUAAUCUCCAGAGACACGUGAGAAACAUUCACAACAAAGAGAAACCAUUCCGUUGUACUCUCUGUGAUCGAUGCUUUGGCCAGCAAACAAAUCUGGACCGACACUUGAAGAAGCAUGAAACUGAGGGACCAAAUGUUCGGGAUUCACCGAUUGCCGAACCCGAUCUAGAAUCCAAGGAUGAAUCUUACUUUGCUGAAAUCAGAAAUUUCAUCGGAAAAGCAACAGAUCGUGAACUGAGCAUGCCUGUAGUUGAAACCGACAAUCAUCAAAUCGUGGACCGUCUUCCUUUAGAAAGUAAAAUGGAGGAUGUUGAUGAUGACGUUGAAGAGGAGGAGGAAGAUGACGUUAUGGAGGAAGAGGAAGUAGAAAGCGACAGAAUGGACGGAAGUUCCCGCGGCAGCUCUCCCAUCAAAUAAACCAUAGUGCUACCCACUCAUUUCACUGUAAAUAAUACAUUCGUUUGUCAAAGGGACCAAUUGACUACGGCGUUUUUUGCCUUCAUCUGAAUAUUUUGCCAUUUAUAUUAACUUAUUGAAACUGUCACGUGUGGAACCAAAGGUUACCGAGGACCAAUCACAUCGCGAGUGUUUGUGUGUGAACUUUGACCUGUCUCCUUCAGGACUUUUCCUGAGAUAUUAUAUGAAUACAAUCUUUGUCAGAACUGCCGCUUUUAUAUGCAGAAUAUAUUAGUGUGACAAGUGUGUUUGUGUGCUUUACAUUGUAGCCAUAUUAAUUUAUUUUUUAUUUAUUUUUCAUUUAUCCAUUAUUUCACAAGAAUAAACAAA